UAUGUCGGUGUCCCUGCUCCGUCUGUCCAUCUCUCCCAGGGUCCUCGGCCUGGACUCGGUUGCAGACCCCUGACCUGGAGACUACUGACGGUCGUACUGAGAGUGAGCUGAUUGGCUGUCAGGAGUCAGCGGACCCUCCUGUCUGUCAGUGCAGGACAGUGGUAGGCUACUGACAGACUGGACCGAACCACAGACGGAGGGAGACCGACUCACCGUCAGCUGCUCCGCCGCGGUCUUUACGGUCAGUCAACAGACAACAACUGACAGCACGGACUGUGAGCCACACUGUCCACGUCAACAUCGUCUCUUCUUCUCUUUACAGUCCAGUCGGGAGGAGGUUGGCUCCUCCCCCUCACCUCCUCACCCCUCACCCUCCCCGUCACGGUGAUGUAGAAACACGGUGACCAAACAGAGGGCAGGAAACAAACAUUAGAAUAAAAGACGCGCUUUUCCUUCACUUAUGGUAAAAUGUCCGUGGUCUUCUCGUCGGCGCGGCCCCGGAGUAAAGGGGAGGUGACGCAGCAGAGCAUCCAGAAGAUGUUGGAUGAAAACCACCAUCUAAUACAGUGUAUCAUGGAUUACCAAAGCAGAGGGAAGACGGCGGAGUGCACACAGUAUCAGCAGAUCCUGCACAGAAACCUGGUCUACCUGGCCACAAUAGCAGACUCCAAUCAGAACAUGCAGACUCUACUUCCUGCGCCUCCCACUUCCAGUUUGUCCGUCGGUCCUGGAGGGAUGGGUCAGAGUGGGGGACAUGGACCAAGCAACCUCAACGACACCAUGGCACAAGCAGCGCCCCCUACCUCUAUGAUGCAGAGUCACAUGACCAAUGUUCCCAUGAUGCAUCAACAAUCUGCCCCUCCACACUACUCCUCAGCUCAGACUGGGGGACAGCCGUACCAGGGACAGCAGGUCAUGGGGGUGAUGGGACAGCUCACCCAGGGGAACAGUGUGAUGUCCCAGAGGUCCAUGGGGUCGUACCGCUCCUCGCAGCAAGGUACAGGUUCUGUGCAGCAGUACGUUGGACAGGAAGAGUUCUACGGCGACCAGUUUGGACACAGUCAGAGCUCCAGUGAGCCCGCGAACCAGCAGUUUUACCCUGAUGGUCACGGAGAGUAUGCUUAUCAACAGUCAACAUAUGGGGAGCAGGCCUACGACAGGUCGUUCGAAGAACCUUCACAGCAUUUCUUUGAAGGAGGUAAUAGAAACUCUCAGUACAGUCAACAACAAAGCCAUUUUCAGCAGAGCUCCGGUCAGCAGCAGCAGCAGCCGGCCUACGGUCAGCAGCCAUAUCCGUCACAGCAGGGCUACGCAGGACAGCAGCACAGCUACGGUCCAGGUCAGACUGGAUCCUCCCAGUACCCUCAGUACCAACAGGGUCAGAGCCAACAGUACGGUACCUACCGCUCAGCCCAGGGGGCGCCAGGAGCACCGACACAGAGGCCGUACGCUUACGAACAGGGUCAAUAUGGAAAUUAUCAGCAAUAACGUACCGAACUGUUGUCCUGCUGGAGGAAUUCUGAACUGCAGAACUCGGCUGUGCCGUGUUGGACGACAUCUGGCUGUGACAUUAUUUAUUAGAUUUCAUUACAGUGGAAUACUUUAUGGAUUUUUUUUGCAUUCAUGUCAGUUCAGGUCAUGAGGUCCACCUGGUGGUUGAAAUGUAAAUGACACCUGCACACGACGAGUGUUUGGUCGUAUUAACACGGAAGUCAGUGUUAAAUCUGAACAUAUAUAUUUAUACAGGCACUGAAAAAAAAUAUAUUAUAACUUGAAGAAUCGAAAUAUAUCUAGUUUAUGUCAAUGUUUACACGUGUCUUAUAACUUGUCGUUAUCAUGUGUUUAUAUUUUAUUUAAGGA